AUGUCGAAAGGUCGUGUUCUAUUAGCUUACUCUGGCGGUCUUGAUACAUCCUGCAUUCUUGUGUGGUUGAUUGAGCAAGGAUAUGAAGUCCUUGCUUAUAUGGCAAAUAUUGGCCAAGAAGAAGAUUUCGAAGCUGCCAAGGUCAAAGCUUUAAGCAUAGGAGCAAAGAAAGUUUUCAUCGAAGACUUGCGACGCGCUUUUGUCGAAGAGUUGAUUUACCCAGCUAUUCAAGCAAAUGCUGUUUAUGAGAACGUCUAUCUUUUGGGUACUUCGCUCGCUAGACCAGUCAUCGCAAGAAGUCAAAUUGAAAUUGCGAUUCGAGAAGGCUGCGACGUCGUCUCUCACGGAUGCACUGGAAAAGGCAAUGAUCAAGUUCGCUUUGAAUUGGCGUACUAUGCUUUAAAACCAAACAUCAAAGUCAUUGCUCCCUGGCGUAUGCCUGAAUUUUAUGAACGCUUCCCCGGACGUCAAAGUCUUAUUGCUUAUGCGAAUGAAAAAGGUAUUCCCGUCGUGCAUACAGCGGCUAAACCUUGGUCAACCGAUGAGAACUUGUACCAUAUUUCUUACGAAGCUGGUAUGUUGGAAGAUCCUGCAGCAACUCCAUCCCAGGAUAUGUGGAAACUCACUGUUGCUCCCGAAAACGCCCCUGAUACUCCUGAGCGCAUUAUAAUAGCUUUCGAAAAGGGAAAACCAGUUCGAAUAGAAAACAAGAAUGACGGCACAGUAGUAACUGAUCCACUCGAUUUGUUCAUCUACCUAAAUACGCUCGGUCGUCGUAAUGGCAUUGGUCGUGUAGAUAUUGUGGAAUCUCGUUUCAUCGGUCUCAAGUCGCGUGGGUGUUACGAAACGCCUGGAGGUACCAUUCUCCGCGCAGCUCACAUAGAUCUCGAAGGACUUACUCUAGACGGUCAAGUACGCCAUCUGAAAGACGUAAACAUCAGCAUACCAUAUGGCAGGUUAUUAUACAACGGAUUGUAUUUCUCACCGGAAAGAGAGUUCUUGUUGCAUUCCCUAGAAUUUACGCAAAGGAAUGUUAAUGGUGAAGUACAGCUUAAACUAUACAAGGGAAGUAUAACGAUUGAGGGAAGGAAGGCGUUUGGAGAUGGCGCCAAGUUGUACAAUAUGGAAGAGAGCUCUAUGGACGUGCAAGGAGGACUAACGCCGACUGAUGCUGGUGGAUUCAUCAGGACUCAUGCGAUCAGACUCAGAAAAUGGACUCCCUCGAAUUAG